AGCCCAGACUAUGGGGGCUGUGGGUGGGAAGGGUACUUUCUCAGGAGCUCUAUCUCUGCCCCUCCAGAAGCUGGGAUAGGGGAGCAGGACAAAUGGGAAAACUGGUGGGGGAGGGGAUUGUGUCUUCCACAGGCAGGGAGAAGGAGUCUUUAUCUCUUUAGCCUAGGAAGAUCUGGGAAAUUUGGUCUCCUUCCCAGAAAAAAGAAAGGAGCUUCCUCUUUUUCAACACUGGAAGGAGUUAGGGCUAUAGUGAAGGGAGCCCAGAGACCCACUUUCCGGAAUGGAGCAGCCUCUGUGUUUUGUCCAAAUAGGGUCCCCACUCAGACAUCCAAGAGCAAAGAGUGUGUGUAGAGGCACUGAUGACCUACUCAGCCCUUUCUUGAUUUGGGAGGAGCCCAAAACAGAUAAUCUUUCCAUUCCCCUCCCAACUCCAGCUUUUAAUUUCAUAUAAAACUUUAGUUCUAGUUAGACACCAAACAGUCCUAGAAAGACCUCCUUCUGCUCUGGCAUCAGGCAGGGAUAGAAAUCCCAGUCCUGGUAAGGGGAGUGCAUGUUCAUGGAAGAAGUCAGUGUGGUCUCAAAGGCAGCUCCUUCUGUGAUGUGGGACUAUCCUAUCACCCUGCUGGGCUGUGGUCCUCACUUCCAGCGGAAUGCUCAUGCAGAAAGUGACAAGCGAGGAGACAUUGCUGUCCUGGGCUCUGUUUGGAAGGACCCUAUGUAUUUUAAGGCUGUAAGCUGUCCUCUGGGUCCCCAGUCACACUGAUUGCUUGGGAUGGUUACACCUUGCUGUUCCUGAUGAAUUUCCCCCCAGUUUCUCUAAACUUUCCCAGGAUGAAGGUAAAGGGAAAAGAAAGGAAGGAAGAAAAAGAAAACUAACUGUGAAUCUUAGCCAUACAGACUUAUAGAUCACAGAAUAUCAGAGCUAGAAUGGACUUUGGAGAUUAUCUAGUUCAACCAUUGUAUUUUACAGAGAAAACAAAGACUCACAGGUGUCUGUGGUCACUCAGAGUUCUUUCAGGGCCAGAUAAGAACACAGACAUUUCUUUUGCUUGCCCUGCAGUGAGUGGGGCAGUUGUCAAAGCCCUGGGGACAGAUGCUAUACAUAUCCACUUUGUUGUCUCUGAGUAUCUUGGGGAGUUCUCUAUUCCCAGUUGGGGGUGGGGGUAGCAUGUCUCAUGCACUAAUCCUCAUCCUCUCCUUCACCCUGUGGGUGGAAGGCUGAGGUAUCACAGUCUAGUGACACAUAGUUCCUCUUUGCCCUCCACCCCCUCCCUCUGAGUUCUGUUGAAACAGCAAGGGGAGAAUGAGGUUUAAAAAAAUUAUGUCCCAUCUGUAGGAAGUCAGGGCCCUGAGGUUUCCCUGGUGUCCUCUGUGGCUAAGCCUGCACUAGUGAGGAGGCAGGUAAGCGUCCAGGACAGAUGAACUCAGCCAGGUCAGAUGGGCAAUCACCCCUUCCCCCCUCCACUUGGUGCAGAGAAGAAGCUGACUUUAAGCUUGCUGAGACUAUUGGGUCUGCUAUUCAAGGCUCUCUCUGGGGCAAGAGCUUUCAUCACACCCAUGUGUUUCCACAGCUAGCAGUGAGAUGACAUGAUAGUGGGAGAGCUCUUCCAGAUAGCCAGGGAGGGAAUGCCAGCUGGUUGGACCACGAGGAGCAAUGAGGACGUGGAAAAGGUCUUUUGCCUUAAGAGUGUUUCUUUCUCAGAGCCCCCCCCCAAGAAGGGACGACAGAGGAAACCCCGGCCACCAGACCCAGGCGAGGGCUCUAGAGACAGAGAUAGCUCUGCAGGGCGACGGGGGAAUGCCGGCCGGAGGCACGGGCGCUGGAAGGGACGAGUGGAUAGCCCUGGGGUGUUGGUGGCCAAGGUGGUGAGAGCCGUGACGGGCAAGCACAGAUUUAGCCGCCGGGUCCCCCCCGCCCCACCCCGAGAGCCCCUCAGCCGCCAGAACCUGAGUACUGGGGGUGGAGGAGAGGUGCUACCUGGGGCAGGUGUGGCUGGCGCCUUCCAGCAAGGUGACACAGGCAGCGUGGAGGGUGCUCCCCAGCCCACAGAGAAUGGCUUCACCCCUAAGUGUGAAAUCACAGGCAAGGAUGCCCUGUCUGCCUUGGCCCGGGCCAGCACCAAGCAGUGUCAGCAGGAGAUCGCCAACGUGGUGUGUCUGCACCAAGCAGGGAGUCUCAUGCCCAAGGUUGUGCCCCGACACUGCCAGCUGUCUGGAAAGGUGAGCCCCAUGAUUCAGUGGGACGAGAGCAGAGUGCAGUUACCACCGGGCAGGCCCUCAGUGCGAAUUGCUUACAUGCUGGUGGUCCAUGGUCGCGCCAUCCGCCAACUCAAGCGACUCCUCAAGGCUGUUUACCACGAGCGACACUUUUUCUACAUCCAUGUAGACAAGCGCUCUAACUACCUGCACCGAGAGGUGGUCGCUCUAGCCCAGCACUAUGCCAAUGUGCGGGUGACCCCCUGGCGCAUGGGCACCAUCUGGGGUGGCGCGAGUCUCUUGAAGAUGUAUCUGCGCAGCAUGCAGGACUUGCUGGAGGCACCUGGCUGGACCUGGGACUUCUUCAUCAAUCUUAGUGCCACUGACUACCCCACCAGGACCAAUGAUGAGCUGGUGACAUUCCUCUCCAAAUACCAUGAUAAGAACUUCCUCAAGUCUCAUGGCCGGGACAACUCAAGGUUCAUCAAGAAACAGGGCCUGGACCGGCUCUUUCAUGAGUGUGACUCCCACAUGUGGCGCCUGGGAGAACGGCAGAUCCCAGAGGGCAUUGUUGUGGAUGGCGGCUCAGACUGGUUUGCCCUGACCCGCAGCUUCGUGGAGUACGUGGUCUAUACAGAUGACCCGCUUGUGGCCCAGCUGCGCCAGUUCUAUACCUACACACUUCUGCCGGCUGAGUCCUUCUUCCACACUGUGCUGGAGAACAGCCCCACCUGCAACACCCUCGUGGACAACAACCUGCGUGUCACCAACUGGAACCGUAAGCUGGGCUGCAAAUGUCAGUACAAGCACAUCGUGGACUGGUGUGGCUGCUCUCCCAAUGACUUCAAGCCCCAGGACUUCCUUCGGCUACAGCAACUCUCCAGACCUACCUUCUUUGCCCGAAAAUUUGAGUCAACUGUGAACCAGGAAGUGCUGGAAAUCUUGGACUCUCACCUUUAUGGUAGUUACCCUCCCAACACACCAGCCCUCAAAGCAUACUGGGAAAAUGCCCACGACAUUGCCGAUGGCCUAGGUGGGCUCAGCGACGUCAUCCUCACUGCCUACACAGCUUUUUCCCGCCUCGGCCUACGCCAUGCUGCUGCCAUGGCAUCCCCUCCAACUAACCAGCUCUGCAGGUUUGAGCCUAAGGGCUUCCCAUCCAGUGUCCACCUGUAUUUCUAUGAUGACCGUUUCCAGGGCUACUUGUUGACCCAGACAGUGCAACCCAUGGCCUCUGGGCCCGAAGAGGCGCUGGAGAUGUGGCUGAUGCCUCGGGGGGCCCUGAAGCUGACAGAACACAAUGGUCAGGCCAACCGGCUGCAGAACCUGGAGGUGGGCACAGAGUGGGACCCCAAGGAACGUCUCUUCCGGAACUUUGGGGGACUGUUGGGGCCCCUGGAUGAGCCAGUGGCCAUGCAGCGUUGGGCCCGUGGCCCCAACCUCACAGCCACCGUGGUUUGGAUCGACCCUGCCUUUGUAGUGGCCACCUCGUAUGAUAUCACAGUGGACUCUGAAGCUGAGGUCACUCAGUAUAAGCCUCCCCUGAGCCGGCCCCUGCGACCUGGGGCCUGGACUGUCCGCCUGCUGCAGUUCUGGGAACCACUGGGUGAAACCCGCUUCCUGGUGUUGCCUCUGACCUUCAACCGAAAACUACCUCUCAGGAAAGAUGAUGGGAGCUGGCUGCACGCUGGGCCCCCCCACAAUGAGUACAUGGAGCAGAGUUUCCAGGGCCUGAGUGGAAUCUUGAACCUUCCCCGGCCAGAGCAGGCAGAAGAGGCUUCUCGGAGGCACUCAGGAUUGACCGGCCCCGCUCUGGAGGACUGGACAGAUAGCACGUUGGGCAGCUUCUGGUCAGUGGCAGGGCUGUGUGCCACAGGCCCGUCCGUCUGUCCCAACCUGGAGCCCUGCAGCCAGACCAGCUGGAGCUCCCUCUCUCCUGACCCCAAGUCAGAGCUCGGUCCUGUCAAAGCUGACGGCCGGCUGAGGUAGCGGGAUCACAGGGGGAGCCCGGGGAAAACCCCAGGGCAUUGCACCUUAGGAACUCCCUAGAGAAAGAGGCGAUUGAGGGACCAUCCUCACCCAUGGGCAAGAAGCCAGGGUCUAGGCCUGCCGUCCCAUCCCCCCUCCAUUCCUCUGCUGGAGUGAGCCCCAGGAUCGAGCAGCACACCAGUGGGCUACUUGUCGGACAGUUCCAGGCUGGGGGCUGGAGAAGACCAGGGUUCCUUCAGCUACCGAGCCAAUGCUGUUCCUGUGCCCUCUUCAGUUUUUCUAGGUUUACUUUCUGUUUUUAAGAUGGAUUGUGGAGAGGGCCUAAGGACAGAAAAAGCAGAGAGGAGUGAUGUGCAAUAAAGUCUCAAGCAGCCCCAGGGAGAUGUGGUGCCCCUAGGACCUGCGAGAACAAGGGACCAGCUGGGCAGUUCAAAGGGCUACCUGAGAUAGCCCGGGUCCCCUGACUGCCUGCCUCAGAAGCCGGGGCCAGUAGAGCUGAGAGCAGAGGAUGCCGCUGGUCUUGGCAAAAAAAACAAAAAAACCCAUAUCUAAAGAACUAGGUGGUAACUGAGUAGAAUCAUCUGUGGAACUGGCCACUGGACAGGCCAGGAGGCCAGAGAGGAGGUACAGGAGAGGGAGACGGACAGCUCCUGGGUCUCAUGAUCUGCUCUGUCCCCUUUACAUGAAAUAUGUGCUGCCUCUAGGCACCUAGGGGGCUAACAGAUUAGACUUUACAAAGCAGGGAGCAUGAGGAGUCCUGGACCCAGAGUGGUGCCUGUGGUGGGAGGGGUGAACCAGAGAAAGCAAAGCAAGAAUUCCCCCUCAGUUCAUUCCUGAGAAGGAAGCAGAGCAACGGUGGUCCUGGAGUACCAUGUAAAAUCUGAAAUGCAACAGCAGAAAUAUAUCUCUUACAUCUCUAACAUGGUCCAUAGCGUCCUUCCUGGAGGAGGAGGAGCUCCUGCUGAGCAGAGCGGACCCUAGAGCCUUAUGGAGCACUCUAGUGGACCCACCGCACCUCCCCAUCCUCCAACCCUCCCCUUGGGAGCACCAGGCUCCCUUGCUGUCACUCCCCUCCUCCUAUCUUGAUUGCCACAGCCUCUGUGCCUCCCAUAACCCAUGCAAGGCCAGCCCUCCUCUCUCCUUCCCCAUCUGGCCUCCCCCUUACACAUUACCUUAGGAGCUCCUUCAAGGAACCAUGGAGAUGUCAGGGGCAUCACAUCUGGGCCUCAGGGAGAGGGCAAUUUAUAGCCUGUCUAGGCUUCUUUCCUGAGGGGUGGCCCCUAAAUUUCUGAGCCCCUUGAAACUGUCUAGUAGGCUUAGCUGUUUGGGCACAAGGCAGAAUUCUGGACAGUUUUGGUGGUCAUUCUCAUCCCAGGUGGCUCCCUUUCCCUUAAUGUCAUUUACACUAUAGUGUAAUUUGUCAGUGGGUUACCUUCCUGUGGGGUAUUUGCAUUCUAUGCCUUAUCCCUAAUUGUGGGAUAAAAAUAAUAAUAACUAGUAUUUAUGUA